GAGGAGGGGAAAAAGUUUGUUUGAGUGAAAGCGGUGUUAUUCCUCUGAGGGCUGUUGUGAUAGGUGACUUAAAAAAGUUUUUAUGACCCUUUGUGGGUUAGUUUACAAACACUCACACACACGCCGGGAGACUGCCGUGACCAAAGUUUGACGUGACGAGAUAUAUUUUGGUUUUAUUAAAAAAGAAAGGAAAAAAAAGACCCAACAACCCAAACUUAAUUGUCUUAUAAAUCUAUUCUUAACGUUAUUAAAUACUGGCGCGAUGCCACCGGCAAGGAAAACGAGGAAGCCUGAUAUUAAGAUGGUCGUUCUGGGAGACAUGAACGUCGGCAAAACGUCUCUUCUUCAUAGAUACACGGAAAGGAGCUUUAAAGACACGCUGAGCACAGUCGGAGGAGCGUUCUUCCUCAAGCAGUGGGGACCCUACAAUAUCUCUAUUUGGGACACAGCAGGUCGUGAGCAGUUCCAUGGUUUGGGCUCCAUGUACUGUCGUGGUGCAUCAGCCAUCAUCCUGACGUAUGAUGUAACCAGCUGGCAGAGCCUGAUGCAGCUUGAGGAAAGGUUCCUGUCGCUCACUGACUCGGCCAACAGUGACUGUGUUUUUGCCAUUGUAGGCAACAAGGCUGACCUGACUGACUCCUGUGCACAGGUUACUACCACUGAGGACACCCCAGCAGGCCCCAGCCCCCCACACACGCCUACUGUCCGUAAGCAAGUGGCACAAGAGGAUGCCGUGGCGCUUUACAACCGCCUAAUACGCUACAAGGCUCUUGACACACACAUUCUUCCACGUGCUGAGGAUAUGUGCUUUGAGACAAGUGCAAAAACAGGCUACAACGUUGAUUCAUUGUUCGAGACACUAUUCGAGUUGCUGCUGCCUUCCAUCGUCAGAAAACAGGAGCAAAUGCAGACAGAGUCAGAUACUGUAUGUUUGGACGACCUUCGGGAAAAUGAGAAAAAGAAAAGUGAAUGUUGUGUGUGAAGAAUACUAUUAGAUACUUGAAAAUGGGUGUCAUGCAGGUUUCUUUGAAGAAAUGAAUAGUAGUAAAUCAAAUUGAUGACUAAUUAAUUCAAUCAUGGAGAUAUAUCGCCACUGAAGCAUGAUAAAGUCAGCUGACUUGACUUUAUGAUGCUCUAGCUUGGCCCAAAUCACAAUCACAAUUUUUGCAUGAAAACUAUGACAACUGACUUCAGUGUCAGUGAUUGCGGUUUGUGUGUUUAUCGUACGAGUUACUCCUUCUGACUCCUUUGCUUGAGAUAUCCGUGUCUUUUGGGGAAAAAAAAGUCUUAGCAUUUGGAUGUAUAAAAAAGAGAUAUUAGGUGUCGCUGUAGAUGCUAGCUGUGGCUUGGCCUUUUUACACCAGUCGACAUUGUUGACAUCCUAGGACAUAAAGAAGACUUAAGACUGCUGACCUUAGAUAUCAGCCUGAACGGGGCACAGUAUUUCCUGUUACUGUGGUUUGUGUCAAGACAAGUCUAUGUUAACAGAAUUUAUUGAUUAAGGUUGCUCUUUAUUUACUCUGCCAUAGAUGCUCAUACUCUGCAGCAGGUUCUACAGUGGCACUUAUAGGCUUGAAUGUGUGCAAAUCAGGUUUAUUGUGUAUGGUGCCUGUUUUAGCAUGUGCCACCCCUUACAUUUCCCUGUUUUAAGGCAUUUUAUUCCAUUAACUGUACUGUGAAAAAGAUUUAUAGGAUUUUAUAUAUUUGCACUGUAUUAUAAAUUAAAAUAAAAGCUAUGUAAAUUAUGUUUACCUAA